ACAAACGCCUUCCGCAUUAUCGUAUCCACGACACCAUUCGGGAUCUAAACCGAUAAACAUACACCCGCUCCUCCCGGCCUCGUCAUAUUCUGUCCUUCAAGCAGCGGAUAUAACCGUCUUACACGUCAACGUCUUUUACAAUCUUGAGCCGGUGCACUUCCCUUGGUGCAAGUCUCCAAGGCCUGGGUGCCUCGAAAUGCCUUGGGCAGAUUGACGUCCAACGACGACAGGAAGGAAAAGAAGAAAAGAAAAGAAGAAAAAAAAAAGCAACAAAGCGCUUGCCAACCCUAAACGAACAUUGUCCUUCUGCAUAUCACAGCACCCCUCUCACCGCAGAGCUGAGUGUCUCUCCCGUAUUUCGCCAUCCCGACAAUAGGCCUCCUCUCUUUACCAUGGACCAAACAUUCAUGACAAUACACAACCUCUCUGCUGAAGCCAACAUCCUCUUCGCCUCCGAAUCCAUUUACGAGAUCCUCGGCUACCAACCCCGCGAAGUGCAGAACAAGUCAUGCUUUGAUUUCUUUCAUCCCGACGAGAUUCCAUUUGCUCGAUCCGUCCAUAAUCGCGGCGUCUUGCUCGACAAGGCUGCUGUCCUCCACUAUGCCCGUAUCCGGUCGCGUGAUGGCCGGUGGAUAAGCUGCGAAUGCUGCUUCACCGUUGUCCAUGAUGUCCUGGUUGCCUGCACAAGCAUCUACCGCCAAGGGGAGCGAAGCCAGCCCCCUCAGAUCCGUCGGCUAUUCUCGAGCUCGCCCCGCGAUCCCCGCUACCAAAUGCUGGAACACCUGUCGCCCAAGUUCAGGAUGCCUCCAAUGGAGCGAGAGCCCCGCGCAGCCCUCAUUCUGAACAGAUUUACUCGCACCUUGACUGUCAUGUUCGCCACCAAUGCCGUGUCCAGCAUUCUCGGCGUCCGUCCCGACCAGAUCAAGAACAAGAGCUUCUACGAGUGUAUACAGGAAAACUGUCUCCCGGACGCCAUACGAUGCUUGGAGAGCGCCAAAGCGAACGACUCGAUUGCCUAUCUCCGUUUUUGGUACAGGGAUCCCCGCCGGGAAGAGGAUUUUGAGGCAGAUGACGACGACGAGGAAGACGACGACGAGGAAGACGACGACGAGGAGGAAGACGAAGGCGAUGACGGCCUUGCGAGGAACCAGAAACAUCAUGGGAGCCUGAGCGACUCGGCCGAUUUCAUGGAUGUUGAUGCUGAGUCUUGCGACUCCUCAAUCAAAAUGGAGGAGCCGGAUAUCCAAACGCAGAAUUCCUUGGCGCUCGGUCCAACGGGAUCAGGUGCUGGUCGCAGGGCUUCCCCAUCCAGCUCGCGUAACGGCGGCGACAGGAGAAGGAGAAGAUCCGAACCAAUCCCAACUUUCGAGCUGGAAGCCGUCGUAUCGUGCACUUCAGAUGGACUGGUCGUCGUUCUUCGCAAAGCUCGACCGCCUAUCCCGACAUCCCAACCUCGCCUCAUCCCAACUUCGGGCUAUGAGAAUGGCCUCUUCGCUGCGCCCUGGGGCCAGCGCCCAGUCCAGCCGUACGAUCACCCAAAUGGGAUUUCCUAUCACCCGCCUCCCCCUCUUCACGCUCACGCUCAUCCUCCUCCUCCUCCUCCUCCGCCGACGAUGCCACCGCAUAUGCCGCUACCGGACCAGGUCAAGAGUGCGAGAGGACCACCUUUAGACCAGUUGAUGCGGUCCAUACGCGAUGUUGCGGUCUUUGCAUGGGCUCUGGUUGGUAUCAAUGGAAACCUAUCAGCGUAUAGUAGCGGACUACCUCAGGGUGAGGCCCAGCCCCCUGGGGGCUUGUGCAUGCCAUACCCAGGGACCGAGAAUCAGACCCCGAGGUGGCCCGGCGUGGACGAAAGUCCAUCCCAAUCCGCACCAAGAUCACCAUCCAUAGCACUACCAGCCGCCGUGUCAGCUUCGCUCGGCUUUGCCCAAAGUCAACAGCAGCAGCAGCAGCAGCAGCAGCAGAACCAACAACAUCAGUGCCAGCGUUUGGGCGUCGGCGAGCUCAUGCAAGACGGCGGGAGCUGCAAUUACACUUUUGGGCAUGCUUCGCCUCCGAUUUCUGCCGCAACGUCUACCCGGGAGGAUUAUGAUGCGCAUUCGCACUCUUGUCGUCUGGGUAGCGAUUCGGGUUGGGGACGUCAGCGGCUGCCGGUGGCGGCGCCGUCGCAUUUCCAAGGCCACUAUCAUCAACCCCGGCAUCUUCCCACGGAGUCCCCGGAUCUGUCAGUAGUAGUACAUGGUCAGCAAACGGCAACGGGAGCGGGACCUUGCCACGACAAGCCCACAGCGUCGCCGCACCAAAGCGAACCCAUGGCUGCCGGAGGAGAUCCGUCGGCGCCGACGCAACUUUGUCCAGCUGAUCAGUCGUUUCCCAACGCACGCCAUUAUCAGUGGCGCUAAAAACAAAUUCGGGUCUUCUCAUGGCUUCUACCGGCUUGGGGCCGCGUGAGAGGACCUUGUAAUACCACCUUUCCCCCUUAUGUCCUGAAUCGCUACGCAUAUACACGAAUGAAUGCAUGGAACAACGAGGAGCAUUUCUUUUGGAUAGUCGAGGGAAGUUAGAGACCUUGACGGGAUUCGCGAGGGCCUCCCUACCAAGACAUGCCGUUGAAGAAUCUGAAGUUGUGGGAUUUGUCCGGAUGGCGGCAAAGUAUACAGAGCUAUUUCUUCGGUGGCAUAUUACGGGUUUAUCAUAUACGUCGCAUGAAGCGAUCCUGGUCAUGAUCAUCAAAGUGAACACAAGGU